UGGCGUUUCAAGUGAGUCAGUGAUAUUUCGUAACUGUUCACGGGCAAUUAGUUGGAGACAUUUGGCUUAAGUAACAAUGAAGCUUCUCGUGGUAUACACGAUUGCCCUGGUGGCAGGUAUCCACGCAGCAGUCACAGUUGACAAAGAGUGUGUUGGAAUCCGCAAUGGAAGUACCUUCCGGGUAAAGGACGACUGUUCCAAAUAUUACACUUGUAAUGGCGGAAAAUUUGUUGGGAGCCAAUGUCCACAUGGUCUGUUCUGGGACCAAGUCCAUCGCGUUUGUACAGCUCCUGAAUUGGUUUCCUGUAAUGUGGGACCCUUUGCAACCGCACCAGUAGCACCUAUACCACCAGUGGCUCCCGUGGCUCCGGUGAAUCCACAAAUUCCAGUUUGGACAACUGCCCCUGUUAUAAUAACUACAGCGGUCGUCCCAAUCGACAUUGAAAAUACAGAAAUAGAACUGGAUGAGUACAAAUGUCCUAAAAAUGGCGUCUCAAGCGUUGCCCAUAAGGACAGUUGUUCGAAAUAUGUCAUGUGCUUCGAUGGUGUACCGGUCGUUCAGGACUGUGCCCCAGGGCUUCAUUUCGAUGCGCACUCCGGUCAAUGUACUUACCCGAUCUAUGCUAGAUGCGGCCUUCAGGAUAGAAUUUGCCCGAUGUGGAAUGACCCCUACAAGAUGAUUUUCAUCGCUGAUAAAUUUGACUGUGCCAAGUACUACUAUUGCUACAACGGCGAACCCCAUGAAAACAGCUGCGCUCAAGGACUUCAUUGGGAUCCGAUCAACAAUUGGUGUACGCCGAUUGAGAAAUCACACUGCACUAAUUUUACCCCAUACAAGGAGGUAUACGAGCCCCUGCUGACUCCGAAAACGGUUUCCUGUUCCGAUACUUCAGCGCACUGGGUUGACCAUCCAAAAAGUUGCCGCCACUACUAUCUUUGCUACAAGGGCAAAGCCAUGUUGAAACGCUGCGAUGAAGGUCUAUUCUGGGAUAACGAGGCUGGAUCGUGCAACUACGGAUCGAUUACGCGCUGCGGAAAGUAGACAGCGGAUUCAAAGUGAAUGGAAGAACUAUAUCGGUGUGCUAUGUCUGCAAUUAAAAUAGAAUGCAAAAAUAUUCACAAGAACGAACCACUGUGAUA